GAAGCGGAAGUGUCGGUGGCGCGCGAGUAGGAAGUGGUGAUUCCUGGAAUAGAGAUGGCCGCGCUUGCUCCGCUGCCCCCACUACCCCCCCAGUUUAAGAGCAUACAGCAUCAUCUGAGGACGGCUCAGGAACAUGACAAGCGGGACCCUGUGGUGGCUUAUUACUGUCGUUUAUAUGCAAUGCAAACUGGAAUGAAGAUUGAUAGUAAAACUCCUGACUGUCGUAAAUUUUUAUCAAAGCUAAUGGAUCAGUUAGAAGCUCUUAAGAAACAGUUGUGUGAUAAUGAAGCUAUUACUCAAGAAAUAGUUGGUUCUGCCCAUUUGGAGAAUUAUGCUUUGAAAAUGUUUUUGUAUGCAGAUAAUGAAGACCGUGCUGGACGAUUUCACAAAAACAUGAUCAAGUCCUUCUAUACUGCAAGUCUUUUAAUAGAUGUCAUAACAGUGUUUGGAGAACUCACUGAUGAAAAUGUGAAACACAGGAAGUAUGCAAGGUGGAAGGCAACAUAUAUCCAUAAUUGUUUAAAGAAUGGAGAGACUCCUCAAGCAGGGCCUGUUGGAAUUGAAGAAGAUAAUGAUGUUGAAGAAAAUGAAGAUGCUGGAGCAACAUCCCUGCCGACUCAGCCACCUCAGCCAUCAUCUUCGACUUACGACCCAAGCAGCAUGCCAUCCGGCAGCUUCUCUGGCAUACAGAUUCCUCCCGGCGCGCACGCUCCAGCUAAUACACCAGCAGAAGUGCCUCACAGCACAGGUGUAGCAAGUAAUACUAUCCAACCUACUCCACAGACUAUUCCAGCUAUUGAUCCUGAACUUUUCAGUACAGUCUCCCACGGGGAUAUCCGUCUAACACCAGAGGACUUUGCUAGAGCCCAGAAAUACUGCAAAUAUGCUGGCAGUGCUUUGCAAUACGAAGAUGUCAGCACUGCUGUGCAGAAUCUACAGAAGGCCCUCAAGUUACUAACUACAGGCAGAGAAUGAAGCCUUUGUACAGUAGAUCCAUGCAUUUUUGGCUUAAAGAACUAACAGUCCAUUACUCUAUCUUCAGCCUAUCAGGAGCACAGUUUUAAGGAAGACUUCAGUUGCAUUGACUAUAACAAUGAAAUCUGUGUCUGUUUAUCAGAUUCCUGUUGAAGCAUUCAGCAGCAGCCUCAACCAGUUUUCAUUGUCCAUUUAGUGGAUCCAGUAAUCUCCGGGUAUACAGGGCUGAUGUGAGCAAAAUCCUAAAAAUGCCCAUUAAAUCCUGCUUCAGAAAACGAAAACACACUUCUAUAAAAUGUAUUGGGGUUCACAUUGUAUCUUAAUAUACAUAAAUUAAGGAUUUUUUAAUCAUAAUUUGGACACACAGACUAUAUUAUUUUGCUAUAAAAUUCUAAAUUUAACUUUUAAUAAAAAUUGCCAGAAUAUGCUAGA